GGGGAUGUCUCCAGACGUAAUGGCGUCACGCCGCUGCCCGCGCCCCCAGCCAGGAAUUCCGCGGCCGCUAUAAAACACGGACCGGUCGGUUGUCCAGUCAGUCAGCAACGUACUCCCGCCAAACCCCGACAUCUUCUGCCUUCCUCACCUCUUCGCUGGUUCGAAGAGGGUGGUUUUUGAGACAAGAACUUCCAAGUUUUUCAACACAGCCAUUCAUUCACAUAAUUUCACUAAACGUUUUUUUACAAGUCAUCAUUUGAAGCUCGGCGCACAAAGCUGGACUUUGACAGAACAACAAGCUUUACAUUCUUCAUCCAACAAGUUAUACAAGCCUGACAAGAAAUAGAAAAGGAACGGAACUAAAUUGAGACGAGACAUUAGUGAGACCAGAGCAGCAUUAUGGCGCACCAGAUUCUUCUCCUCGCCGUGGUAUCGAGUCUUUUCACCCUCAGUUCCGGAUCUUUCUUCCUGUUCCGACAGCCCAACUCGGCCAACAAACAACAGACGCAGAGCCAGAACACGGUGAGGCUUCCCUCACACUUCGGCAACACGUACGUCAAGAACGACAACAACAACAACAACAACAACAACUACAACAACCCCAGAAACAACCGGGUAGAGGAGACGACCACAGAGAAACCCCUGGCCACCAGCAUCAACGAGCGAUGUGUCCAGCGCAGUGCCAGGGACUUCCGGUCGCACCCCCAGGACUGCGGCAAGUUCACCAUGUGCUCGGGCGGGGCUCUGCUCACCAUCGACUGCCCGCCCGGAAGUGUGUUCCAUGACGUCAGCAAAAGUUGCGUUCCCCAGGGUUCUUACUACGACACUUGCACCCGCCGUAUGACCACCCUCAGCACGUGCCCGCGCGGCUCCACCGAGAAGAAAGCUCACCCCCGCCAGUGUGCCCAGUACUACCACUGUGGUCAGCCGGCUCAGGAGCGCGUGUGGGAAGAACAUCUGCGUGAGUGCCCCUACCCCAUGCUCUUCAACCUGGACACUCGCAGGUGUGAACACCACAGCAUGGUGGACUGUGGCACGAGGGAGGAGCCCGUAGAUCCUUGUGAGUACAAGGCCAACAACUGUGACGGACGUGCCCAGUGUAUCCCAUGCACAGUCCGCAACCCAUCGUGCAGGGAGAGAACUGACGGCAUGAACUCCUGGAAGGGGCGGGAGGGCUCGCCCUACUAUGUCGUGUGUGCCACACAGAGGGUAGUGUACCACGGCAUGUGUCCUCAGGACCAUGGGGUUCAAGUCUUUGACCACGAGGCCAGAGUCUGUAAGAAGCUGGAGAGUGGACCGUGGUGAUGAGGACGUUUCUGGAGGCUGUACCCUUCCUUCCCUCCCUUGUCCCCCCCCCCCCUGUACAGGGAGAGAGAGGCCGAGCUGAACGAACAACACGACACCCACACUUCAUCUUUCUUUCUUCAAGGGCAGUUUCUUUUGUGAUAAAUCAAGAUCCGGAUGUUUAUUUAAUCUACUGAAUUCAAAACUUGCAAAUGCGAUCAUAUUCUAGGUGGAAAUUGUUUUGUUGUCUUUUGUUUUAACCCUUAAUUGAAACUUUUACUGGUUAAAGUGUACAUUAAUUUCUCUUUUGUUCGAUUCCCGUAUACACUCGUUCACUUUGUAAAGACCGAUUGAGAACAAAAUAUUGUCCAGGCGUUGUCCAGAUAAACUUAUAGAAAGGAAAGAUAUUAGAUUCAUGAGGUAGGACCUAGUCCUUCCCAUGUCCCCGAUUCUGAGGCUAUGGAAUUAAAACGUUUUGUUAUUUCUUGCUGUAUUAACCUGCCACCAAAAAAAUCCAACAACGAAAAACGACAACCGUAUCCCAUCAGACAUCUGUUUUGCCUACACAUGAGCUCAGCCUUUAGGAAUGCUUAAGCAGCUUCUGUCAAUGAUUUACUGAUUUUGUUUCAAGCCCCCCCCCCCAAACCCCCUCUCCUCCGCAUUUUUAAUUCCGUAAAAAAAAAAAAAAAAGAUUGUGAACAGAACUUGUAAAAAUCUCUUGAAGACAACAUGCAAAAGAUUCAUAAAGUAUAGAGCUGUUGAGUUGAUAUCCGGAAAGUUCCCUUCAACGCCAGUUCCUUUCCAGAAGUUUCUUUGUUUGAGAAUGUUUUUUCUGACCAAAUGUACAACAAAAAACAAACAAAUAAACAAACAAACUCACAAACAAACAAACAGACAAGAAUCACCAGCUUUCACAACAAAACAACCAAAAACAACAGCAACGAAAAAAAAAAGGCUGGAGUGACAAAAGUUUAGGUUGAAGUCCGGGCUCUUUUGUUCAAUUAAAACAAAGACAUUUCUUUCGCCCAAAUUUUUCUUCGCUAGACAGGUUAACUAACUGACGAUUAAUCUGAAAUAAAAGAUUCAUAGUCGGCGUGAUUUCUGCGUUCAUUACUUUGCGUCAGAACCACUGCUUUCAUUCCAUCUGUUCUUGUCACGCCUGUAUAUUUUUCUCCUUUUUUAAUUUGAAAUGUUAUAUCGCCAUGCCAUUGAGAUGUAAAUACUCAUUUCCACUUGUAAUAAAUUAUGCUUGCUUCA